AUGGGGCCAGCAAUGUAUGCCAUGGACUUUGCGGCCUGGCGGGUUGCCGUGGACUGCGAUUGGAGGGUGCUGGAUGUUGCUCCACAGGAGCUGUGCAUGGAGCGUGAGGUCAUGCUAUCUGCAGUCAUCCAGGCAGGCCGCGCUUUGAGCCACGCAAGCGAGGAGCUGCGUGGCGACAGAGCCAUAGCCCUUGCAGCUCUCCGUGGCGAUGCCACUGCUCUGGAGUUUGUCUCGACGCAGCUGGCACUGGACACCACCUUCAUCCUCGAGGCCGCUGCACAGAACCUGCGCGUGCUCGAGGUUUGCGAUGUCGAGCACCGUGAGGAUAGGGAGCUGAUACGUGCGGCGAUCAAGCAGAAUUGGAACGCCCUCCGCUACGCAUCGCCCUUCCUCCGUUGCGAUGCCGACGUUUGCCUCGAGGCCGUGCAGCAGCAUUGGCGAGCCCUGCUGCACUGCGACGAGAAGCUGUGGAAUGACCGGGAGUUCAUGCUCCGGGCCAUCCAGUGCCGCUGGCAGGCCUUCCAGUUUCUUGGACCAGACCUGCGCGAGGACCAUGCGCUGGUUCUAGAGGCGGUGCGCCAGGACGCGGCAGCCUUGGAUUUCGUGGGAGAAGCGCUCAGGGGGGAUGCGGCGUUUAUGCUCGCCGCCGCCAAGUACCACGACGUUGCGCUCACCAAGGUAUCUCCUGAGCUCCAGGAGGACGCUGCUUUCUGGAAGUCGGUGGUCCAGGAGAUCGACCACGGGUGGAGGUUGGCCUACGUAGACUACGGGCCGAGCAGUUUGUGCGACAAUCCGGAGGUGAUGCUGGAAGCUGUCAAGCGGAAUGUGGAUGUGCUGUCCUUCGGUACCAAGAAAGUUCGAAGCGAGCCGGAAAUUGUGGAGGAGGCCGUUCGCAGGAGCUGGAAGGCCGUCGAGUAUGCGGCGAAUGUGAAUGCUGCCUCCAUCAUAGAAGCAGUCAAGCAGGACUGGCGAGCGAUCUCUCUGUACAUGGAUCACUUCUACCAGGGUCCCACAGAUGAUUUGUCAAAGCUGGUCGAGAGCAAUCCCCAAAUCGUGCGGGACUCGAGGCUCAGCGGGAAUGCCCCGGUGAUGCUGAAGGCCGUGCGACAGGAGGGCUCCGUCCUGCGCUACGCCACCGAGGAGCUCCGGGAUGACGAUGAGAUCGUUUUCCACGCUGUGGCGCAGACUUGGCGGGCCAUGGAAUUUGCCUCCAUGCGGCUCAAGGGCGAUGAAGACUUGGUGAACCUUGCCAUCCGUCAGGAGGGACUGGCGCUCCAGCACGCGGCGCCUGCCAUCCGAGGCAAUGCCCGCUUCGUGAUGAUGGCCAUGACGCGUAACAUGGCUGCCUUCCGUUUCGCGGCCAAGUUCCUGCAUGAGGAUACGAAGUUCUGGGAUGAGCUUGUUCGCAAGUUCCCUACUGCAUGGAUCCGCUGGAUGCGCUAUGGCAGGCUGGACGUCAUAGGAUUGCCAGGCUUUGGGGGGCUUUGGGAGCUUUGA